GCGCCGGCCCGUUCCGGCUCAGGUUCGCAGCCAUGACCAGCGCCGCAGUCCCCGCUCCGCCACCGCCGCCGCCGCCGCCGCUUCCGGGCUCCGCCCACCCUGCGACCGGAAGCCCCGCCCUGCGGCCGGAAGCGGAAGCGCGGCCGGCCGGACGGCGGGGAGAGGGUGCGGCCGGCGGGGAGUGGGCGGGGCCGUCGCGUCUGGAGGAGCCGGGGUGCGGAGUGGCGGGCGGAGCCGGAACCGGGCGCUGGGAGCUGCGCUCACGGAGGAGUGCGCAUUUCUCUCUUCUCUCGCCGCAGUCAGCGCACUGGUUCGAGCGUCUCGGGCUCGUGACAGCCUCUGCGCGGACCUUCCACACGCUCCUGAGCGGCGACCGGAACCUGCACCGGCGAACACGAGCGCUGCGUGCGGGCCGCGCCCGCCCGGGCCGAGGUGCUGCGGAGCCUCCUCUCCCGCACCUGCGUUCCCCGCUCUGUUCGUGGAGGACCGGGUGGCGCGGGGAUCCUUGCUCCCUGCCCUGCACGCACGUCCCAGCACAGGUCUCCGGCAGAAGCCCCGACAUUCUCUGGCCAGAGCAGCCACCUCCCCCGAACCCGGGAAGUCUAGGGCCUGAACAAACACUCCUUCCCUUCAGCAGCUUCCGCCUGCGGCCCGGCCUCAUGCAAGGGUGUGGGAGUCUGUUUCCACUUGACAGGCUGGGAAAGGCAUCUCCGCAGAGGUAACACUGGAGCAGAGACUGGAUGUGGGGUGGGGAGCACAGCUGUGGAAGGUCUGGGCAGACGUCCUCUGGGCGGAGGGAACAAGAGGUGUUGGGGCUCUGAAGUGGGGGAGGCAGUCUAGUGAGGGACUGACGAUUGAGCACAAGGAGAAGGAGAGGGAGGGGAGCUGGGUCCUGGAGGACCCUGUCGGUCAGGGAAGGACUUCACACUUUGUUCUAGGUGUAGUCAAAUCCCUGAGGGGCUUUAACCAGAGCAGUGUGAUCUGCUAAUGUUUUAAAACGGUCCCGCUGGUUGCUCUCCAGAUGCCUCCAUGCCUGUUCCUCCAGCCUCGGCUUGUCUGCGUUCCUGUUUCCUCAAAGCCAUCACCGUUUUUGGUCAGCUGCUCCACCGCCUAAAAGCAUGAGAUGUGGGGCACCUGGGUGGCUCAGUGGGUUAAAGCCUCUGCCUUUGGCUCAGGUCAUGAUCUCAGG